AUGCCCACAGACGCCGUCGAGAGACUGCUCGCCAAGAUGAGCAAGACGGGCUCUUCAGACAUUUUGCCUCCCAAGGUGGAGUCUGGCGAGGCACCAGGUCCUGACAUCCCGCCCUUCCCCAGCUACUCCAUCGAGCCCGAGCGUCCCACCACGGCCAACUCUCCCAGAUACCCAUUCCCCAGGCCAUUUACUGGUGGCCCCAUUCCAGCCCCUGGAACCCCUCAAGACCGUUUUGCGGCUGUUUUGGGUCGUCCUCGUUACAGUUCCAUGCCCACCCCAUUGAUGGGCAUGGGCAUGGGCAUGGGCAUGGGCAUGGGCUUGAGCACGAGCACGAGCACGAGCACGUCGUUCCCGGACCCCUCCCUCCAGCAGCCUUCGGCAUUCAAUAUGCACUUGGCUGCUCCAGGCUUUGCCAUACCUGGAGCCCUUCCUGCGCCUCAACCUGUCGCCAGUCUCGUUCCACCCGCCAUGCGCAAGUUGCAAGCGGACGCAAGUAGCAGGACCAACAACAACGGCGGGGGUCGUGGCCCGACUUUACCUGAGCCGGGGGCCCCAGUGACAACUUGGCUGAGUUUUGAGUGUCAACGGCGUCAUUUCAAUCCCGAAUUCAAGACCAAGGAGACUUUCACCAAGGAUGGAAGACCGAAGUACCAGUCCACGGUGAUUUUGAAGGAUGUUGUCAUCAAUAGCAACACCCUUUUCAACGACGCUGCAGACGCGAAGGCGCAUGUCGCCGAGAAGGCCCUCAGGUACAUUCGCCGGGAGUGGCCCAGGAACGGAUUGCCCUCGUCUUAUGGCGGCACUCGCAGACAGGCCGCCGAUAAGAAACAGGUGGAGGAUCUUAGCCAUCGCGAGGAGGAGCUGCGGCGGAUGAUCAAGCAGCGUCACCAGACGAAGAGCGCAGAGCCGCCCCAGAGCAGCCCUCCAGUGUCCUCCGGCGUAGAUAUGUCGGAUCCCGCCCAGGUACGAGCCUUUGUGGAGGGCUUCAAGCUCGGCCAACUCGCAGCUCAGCAGGAAGCUGCGGGAAGUGGCUCCUCACCGCCCAGCAUCCCGCAUUCCCGUCGCAGGUCUCGAUCCCCAGGCCGCGGCCGGAGCAGCUCACAGAGCAAGGCGGACGAAUCCUACCGCCAACGCUCCCCAAUUCGUGAUACAAGCAAGACAAGCCGUGGGGCCCUCUCGCCCCCACGCUACUUCGAUGGUAGUCGCCAUGAUUCCCGCCUGCCCUCGACAGAUAGGUACCGGCCCCGCAGUCCUCCUUCAAAGAAGUGA